CGCUGAAUCUGGGUUCUGCUGCUCUGGCCUGCGCGCUUCCCUCUCUCCCCCUCCAGAGUUCGAUGCGCUCGGCUCUCGGCUCUGCCUGGAGUUCUCAGUGCGGCGACAGCGGUGCUGAAUAUGGCGUCAGACGGGAUGAUUUUAACAAACCACGACCACCAAAUCCGGGUCGGCGUCCUGACAGUCAGUGACAGCUGCUUCCGCAAUCUAGCUGAAGACCGAAGCGGCGUCAAUCUCAAAGAUCUCGUCCACGACCCUUCAUUGCUUGGAGGAACCAUUUCGGCAUACAAAAUAGUUCCUGAUGAAAUCGAUGAGAUCAAGGAGACUUUGGUGGACUGGUGUGAUGAAAAAGAGUUGAACCUGAUUUUAACCACUGGCGGCACCGGCUUCGCUCCACGAGAUGUCACACCUGAGGCCACUAAAGAGGUGAUCGAGCGAGAAGCUCCAGGGAUGUCUCUGGCGAUGCUGAUGGGCUCUCUGAACGUCACUCCUCUCGGGAUGCUCUCCAGACCUGUGUGUGGAAUCAGAGGGAAAACUCUCAUCAUAAAUUUGCCUGGCAGUAAAAAAGGCUCACAGGAAUGCUUCCAGUUCAUCCUGCCGGCUCUCCCGCACGCCAUCGACCUGCUUCGGGAAGCAGUGGUGAAAGUGAAGGAGAUUCCCAAUGAGCUGGAAGACCUGCCGUCCCCUCCACCACCGCUGUCCCCGCUGCCCGCCAGCAGCCCGCACCGGCAGACGGAGGACAAGGGCGUCCAGUGUGAGGAAGAGGAGGAGGAGAAGAAGGACAGCGGUGUGGCGUCCACAGAGGACAGCUCCUCCUCGCACAUCACCGCCGCAUCCAUCGCUGCCAAGAUUCCGGACUCCAUCAUCUCAAGGGGCGUCCAGGUUCUUCCGCGGGACACGGCGUCUCUGAGCACCACACCGUCCGAGUCUCCUCGCGCUCAGGCCACCUCUCGCCUCUCCACCGCUUCCUGUCCCACGCCCAAGGCGCGGCUUCCCUCCUCUUCAUCCACCCUAAGCAUUGCUGAGGCAUCCAGGAGAGAGUUCAGAGCUCAUCUGGAUGAGGUCAUCACACUCAAGUCAAGGUUCUCUACCUUGGACCAGCUCCAGUGUAGGUUGGAGGUGCUAAAAGAUGACCGUCGUGGCCAUCGGACCUUCAGUUCUCGAGUGCAGUCUCGAUGCAGCAGCAAAGAAAACAUCUUACGAGCAAGUCAUAGUGCGGUGGACAUCACCAAAGUGGCUCGGAGGCACCGCAUGUCUCCAUUUCCUCUCACCUCUAUGGACAAAGCCUUCAUCACUGUGCUGGAAAUGACUGCGGUUCUGGGCACUGAGAUCAUCAACUACAGAGACGGCAUGGGUCGAGUUCUGGCUCAGGACGUUUAUGCCAAAGACAACCUGCCUCCAUUCCCUGCCUCUGUUAAAGACGGGUACGCUGUCAGAGCGGCUGACGGUCCCGGGGACAGAUUUAUUAUCGGCGAGUCUCAGGCCGGGGAGCAGCCCACACACACCGUGAUGCCCGGCCAGGUGAUGCGGGUGACGACUGGUGCUCCGAUUCCCUGCGGCGCUGAUGCUGUGGUGCAAGUGGAGGACACUGAGCUCCUGCGCGAGUCUGAGGACGGCACAGAAGAGCUGGAGGUGCGCAUUCUGGUGCAGGCCCGUCCAGGACAAGACAUCAGGCCCAUCGGUCAUGACAUUAAGCGUGGUGAGUGUGUGCUGGCCAAAGGCACUCAUAUGGGCCCAUCAGAGAUCGGUCUGCUGGCCACCGUCGGGGUCACUGAGGUGGAGGUGCAGAAGUUUCCCGUCAUCGCUGUCAUGUCUACAGGCAAUGAGCUGCUAAACCCGGAGGAUGAUUUACAUCCCGGUAAGAUCAGAGACUCGAACCGCUCCACACUGCUGGCCACCAUACAGGAGCAUGGCUACCCCACCAUCAACCUGGGCAUCGUAGGAGACAAUCCUGAUGACCUGCUGAAUGCUCUGAAUGAGGGCAUCAAUCGCGCUGAUGUCAUCAUCACCUCAGGGGGCGUGUCCAUGGGCGAGAAGGAUUACCUGAAACAGGUACUUGAUAUCGACCUCCAUGCUCAAAUACACUUUGGACGCGUCUUCAUGAAACCAGGUCUCCCCACAACAUUUGCCACUCUCGAUAUGGACGGGUCUCGAAAACUUAUCUUUGCUCUGCCAGGUAGGGACGGUAAUCCUGUGUCUGCAGUCGUAACGUGUAACCUCUUCGUCAUUCCCGCCUUGAGGAAGAUGCAGGGGAUAUUAGACCCUCGACCCACCAUUAUAAAAGCCAGGUUGUCCUGUGAUGUGAAGCUGGAUCCGCGUCCGGAGUAUCACCGCUGUAUUUUAACAUGGCACCAUCAGGAACCUCUGCCAUGGGCACAGAGCACAGGUAACCAGGUCAGCAGCAGACUGAUGAGCAUGCGCAGCGCUAACGGCCUCCUGAUGCUACCUCCCAAAACUGAGCAAUACGUGGAGCUGCACAAGGGCGAGGUGGUGGACGUCAUGGUCAUCGGCCGUCUAUGAUGAGCAGAAACACAAAUAGAAAGACAGAGAUGGACGGGUGGUUCACGGUGCAUGUUCACAUAUCAUUGACUGUAAUAUGCAACGGCACAGCUAGUUUUUAUUGAUUUGGAAAACGCCGAAGUAUAGUCAACAUCUCGAUCACAUAUGAGAGAAAAAAAAAAUAUUUCAAAGAAAGAAAAAUAUAACUUUUAAAAUUAUAAAAUCUAAUUAUAAAAAAGAGAUUUAUUCUGUAUUAUUAUGAUUAUUAUUAUUGCAUUUUUCUUCUCAUUAUUAUUAUUAUUAUUAAUUAUUAUUAUUAUAUUAAGGCAACUUUGUUCUUUUCAUUGCAGUUGCUUUGUGUGUUCAAUGCUAGAUCUUAUAGCUGUAGCAUUUUAAUAGAAAAACUGUAGGUGCCUGCCAGGAGGAAGAAGAAGAAAAAAUUAAAAAGAGAGUAUUAUUUCCCCAUUUUAACAUACAAGACUGCUUUUGGGGGAGUUUUUUCCUCUCUGACAUCGAGGGAGAACACAACAACUUGAAAUCUGGACUCCGGAGAGUGGCACUUUCUGUCUUACGUGUCAUUUGACGUGGCACUUUUUUCCUUUUUCCUCCCAUUAGUGCGCAUCAUUUCUCUGCCAUCACACAGAGCUUUGCUUGUCGUUUAUCCUGUGAGUCUUGUUUGUGUGCGCAGUGCCAAACGCCUGGGUGGGCGGAGCUCGAGUCGGGGGAACGCCGCCCCCUCACCCAAUCCCUGAAGCUUCCUUAUAAUCACAUGACCUGGUGUAGCCCCGCCCCUCUCCUCCCAGGGGGCGGAGUCACGGGCGAGCAUUUUAUUUGAAUAUACUUUAAAUAAACCGAUGAUGAAAAAAAAAGAAUACAACAACAGCUUAUUUAAGUGCUGACUGCCUUUUUAAUCAACCACACAAAAAUGUACAGUUAAAAUCAAAUAUAUUACAUAAAUUGAAUUGUACAGAUAAAUGUGACCAGCACUCCUGCGGAAAUAUGACCAAGCAAUGAAGGAGACAUUGAACAAAUCUGUAUAAUAACAUUUUCUGUAUAAUGAUAAGAACCUAAUGAGAGAGAUUACAAUAAUUAAAAAAAAAUCCUUGAUCAUUAUAUAAAAAUAGCAUUGUGGAAUUUUCUUGUAAUAAAAAACGAAUAAAAACAUAAUUCCUU